GUGGAGGACUUCAAGUAUCUUGGGGUCUUGUUCACGAGUGAGGGAAGAAUGUAACGGGAGAUCGACAGGCGGAUCGGUGCAACGUCUGCAGUGAUGCGGACUUUGUAUCGGUCCGUUGCGGUAAAGAAGGAGCUAAGCCGAAAGGCAAAGCUCUCGAUUUACCGGUCGAUCUACGUUCCUACCCUCACCUAUGGUCACGAGGGGUGGGUCGUCCGCAAGAACAAAAUCCCGGAUACAAGCAGCCGAAAUGAGUUUUCCUCAGCAGGGUGUCCGGGCUCUCCCUUAGAGAUAGGGUGAGACGCUCCAAGGAUCUCAAAGUAGAGCCGCUGCUCCUCCACAUCGAGAGGAGCCAGAUGAGGUGGCAUGGGCAUCUGAUUCGGACGCCCCCCCGGUGAGGUGCACGUCCCACCGGGAGAAGACCCCGGGGACGACCCAGGACUAGAGAGACUACGUCCUUCGGCUGGCCUGGGAACGCCUCGGGAUCCCCCCGGAAGAGCUGGAUGAAGUGGCUGGGGAGAAGGAAGUCUGGGCGUCCCUGUUAAAGCUACUGCCCAUGAGACCCGACCUCGGAUAAGCGCCCGUGACUCCGGAAAUGGCCAUGUUUAUUGAGAAGUUGAAGACUCGGGUUCGCGUUGGCGUGGUCGGGGGGUCGGACCUCUGCAAAAUCAAAGAGCAACUGGGAGACGAUGUGAUCCAGAAAAUAGACUAUGUAUUUGCAGAGAAUGGUCUUGUGGCCUAUAAGAAGGGACAGUUACUAUCUAUUCAGUCCAUCCAGGCCCACAUGGGAGAAGAGCUACUCCAAGAGUUUAUCAAUUUCUGUCUCAACUAUUUGUCAAAGAUCAAACUUCCCAAGAAGAGAGGUACGUUCAUUGAAUUUCGCAACGGCAUGUUGAACGUCUCCCCAAUCGGACGCAGCUGUACUGUGGAGGAACGCAAAGAGUUCUAUGAGCUCGACCAGAGUGAAAAAAUCCGGGAGAAGUUUGUGUGUGUUUUAAAGGAGCGGUUCAAAGGAAAAGGGUUGUCGUUUUCAAUUGGAGGGCAGAUCAGCUUUGACGUCUUCCCUGAUGGUUGGGAUAAAAGAUACUGCCUUGGGAUCAUUGAGAAGGAUAACUACUCAACCAUUCACUUCUUUGGUGACAAGACUAAACCCUUCAGGGUGUACCCCGCCUCCUGCCCGAUGAUAGCUGGGAUAGGCUCCAGCACUCCCGCGACCCUUGUGAUGACAAGCGGUAAAAGAAAAUGGAUGGCACACACACUGGAGGAAAUGACUAUGAGAUCUACUGUGACCCACGCACCAUUGGCCAUGAAGUCACCUGUCCAGAUGAAACAGAAAAACUUUGCCAGCAGCUUUUCUUCUCAUGAGAGAAGUACCGGGACAUCUACUGCAUAUGAAGACUAUGAUGACCAAACACAAGUCUGACUUCAGACUCUAUUUCCCAACACAGAAGGCUGUUAUAGCUUAUAUGGCUUCACUAUAACAUGGUUACAGAAGCAAGUGUCAAAAAGAAAUUUGAAUUAACCUGUUAAUGGAGCAGCAGCUUCCUUACCAUAAUGUAAAAAUUGUAUCAUGCAAUAUUUCAAUCAGCUUGCAUGAAAUGUAUAACGUCCCCAUAGUAAAAGUGCAUUUCUUAAAGUACAAAUGACAGCGAAUUAGCGCACAACUUUUGUAGAGAAAUAAAAAAGCUUUUCUGGUCUUAAAUAUGACAAAACAUAAAAUACCUUAGUCAAUAAAGAAAACCAUGCAAAUAAAAUAAUGCGAACAGAGCAGUCUUGCAGUCUUCUUCCAUUUUGUUUUGUAAGCUUUGAGUCAGCCAGUAGUGAAGUCUAACACGUACGUCUCCGGGUCCUUGCACUCUUCCCCAGCGCUGGAUGAUCGGCUGCUGAGGUCAGCCACGCCUGACUCCAGGUCGCCGCUGAUAGAGCUGUCAUCUGUGUUGAGGUGCUUGACUUGGAUGGGCUGGCCUAGAGGCAGACUGAGAGCAGGGUCCUUUACCUUAGCGUUCUGAUUGGCCGGUACAAAGCUCCUGUGGUCCUGUGCGGGGCUGGUGACUGGGAUUGUGUAUGUGGUGGUUGGGUCCGGUCCACAGUGUCUCUGCUGCACGUGCUGAGUUCUCCUUUUAACCACAACUUUCUCCCACAUUAUUGGCUUCCCUGUUAGCACGGUUAUCCUCUGCAUAAGAAAAAAGUGAGAAAUCCUCUUUAUUUACUCAUCACUGAUUAAUCAGUGAAAUCCCUAAGAUACUGUCCUUAGUUUUGUGAAACAAAGUUGGGAAAUGUGUGAAACUCUGGGAGAACAUUAGUUUAGUGAUCUGUUUUGUUAUUAAAGUGCCAA